GUUUAAACAUUACAAAUCAAAAUUAUAUGUAAUUUUCAAAAAAAAAUUGAACUUAUUGGGAAUUACUAAUCCAUGAACAAAUCUUUAGGUAAAAAUUUGAUCGUUCGGGUUAGAGAAGGAUAUCGAUCGCUUACUUCUAGUUUCCGGCUUUCAGGGCAGAUGAUUCCUCUCGUCUUUAGGUACAAAAUGAAAAAAAUUCAGAUAAAUAUAUAAAUAUUCAUAUAUCUCACAAUAUAGUUGAAUCUUCCUAAAUAUAAGAGAAAGAUGAAGCAUUCUAAUAUAUGUUAGAAUCUUCUUCCCAUUUUACUUGUGUCCAUGCUCGGCAUAAUACAUCCUCCAUGGUUAUGCACUAGUUCUUUGUCAGCUCUUUGUAUAGGUCCACAUCAUGAAGCAUGCCUCUUUUGUGGUGCAGAUGGUUGUCAAGGUGUUUCAUCCGGGGAUGUAUACUUUUUCCUUGCUGAAGUGUGUUGAGUAGUUACGCAAAGGUUCAUCUUGAUGUUGUAGGAUCUUGUAUAGAUCGUCAUCCGUUUUUUCUAUGAUUUUUCUGCUCAAAACUGAUCGGUUAGGGUUGCGAAGGAGUGUAUCGAUCCAUCAGGCAAGUUGAUGUACCACCAGUGGCGGAGGUAGUUAAGGGUGAGGUGGGUCAUAUGACCCAUGUGAAAUCAAGGAAUUUUUUUUUUGCUUGUGUUUUUACUGAAAAAACUGAGAAAAUAUAAUAAAAUAGGCUUAUUGACCCAUUUAAAAUAUAUGUUCACUCUAAAACUGACCCUUAUAAACAUUUUGGCUGGCUCCGCCACUGUGUACCACUGUAGGUCGAGUCCGGUCAGUUUCGAGUCAAAAAACCUUUCACAUGGUGGCUUCCUUGAGUUAUUUAUAUAUAGUUACAAUAAGCAUAUGUUGCUUAUGAUGGGCCAUUUGAUUAUCUGGAUCACUAGUUCCGUCGUACAUUCUGAUAUUUGGGAAGGAGAACUUCAUCGGCAUCUCGAUCAGGAUGAUAUCAUCCACGGAAGGAGUAUCCGCAUAGGAAUAAGGAGCACUUCUCCUGAUCGGGGGAAUGACACAUGGAAGCCUUUCUAUCAGUCAUUAGACUGCUUUGAAUGUCUUGGAGAAGGCUUCUUCCAUGUAAGUCGUUUCUUGAUUUCUUUGCAGAGUGUCUGCUUCCUGCAUAUCCGUGUAUUUGUCCAUGUUGGAAUCAUCAUCAUCUUCAGUCGGGUUUCCUCGGUUAAUGUCAGCAGUAUUGCCCCUUCAGUCGAAUCGUGUUGUGUCCCUCAACUAGAGUAUCCAAGGGCUGCAUAAGCCAAAUGUGGAUUCGAAACUUGCAUCAUUUCUUUCUUACAUUGUUAAGUGUUGAGGGCUGAGUUUUCCUCUCGGAGAACUAGGUUCUCGCCUUCGAGAUAUGAUAGCUCAUGGAUGCUCUGCUCAAACAGUUUGGAUUAUUCUUCCAUCUUUUAUUUCAGGAUUUGAAUCUAUGAGAUGAUUACUGAAUUAUCCGUAGGGGUGUUGCUAUUUUUGGGCUGCAUUCAUCUCGUUUUUUUUUUGCAUAGCUUUUUGCUGGGCUCGUAAGUCAAUUUUGGCCGAGGUGGCUAAAGAGUGCUUUAAAUUAUAUUAUCCCGUGACAUCGCGGGAAGUCAUCUAGUACGAAAGUAGAUACGAGAAUAUUAGAGUAGAUACGGGAAUAUCAGAGAUGAUCUUCCAAUGCCCACCCUUCAAUUAGCCUCACCAUAUAUUUAGGAUAUGAAUGGUGACCAGGGAACGGCGAGGAAUAAUGUAUUCCUUAACGUUCCUAAAAAAAAUCACCAUUCACAAGGAAUAAUAAUUUCCUCUCAUUCCCUUUCAUUCUUUUUUUUGUAGAGAAUUAAAGAACAAAAUUGUUCAUUGAUAAAAUUGAUAAGGAACAACCAUUCCUUUUCAUUCAUGCUAUUUUAUUCCCGAACAUUCCUUUUUUAUUCGUUCCUCUUGUUUCUCGAAUGGUCACCAGUCAGACCCUUAAGGUAUGAAUGGUGACCAGGAAACGGCGAGGAAUAAUGCAUUCUCUAACGUUCCUACAAAAAAUCACCAUUCACAAGGAAUAAUAAUUCCCUCUUAUUCCCUUUCAUUCUUUUUUUUGGGUAGAAAACUAAAGAACAAAAUUAUUCCUCCUUAAAUUUGAUAAGAAACAACUAUUCAUUUUCAUUCCUACUAUUUUAUUCCCGUACAUUCAUUUUUUAUUUGUUCAUCUUGUUUCCCAAAUGAUCACCAGUUAGACUCUUAAUAUAAUUAGUACUAGAACAGUCAGUCACCUAGUUUAUACGGGUUCUAGAUGUCCGAGACCCUUGCAUAAUGUGCAAUCUGUCAAAAGACUACCAUACUAAAAAGACUAACUACAACUCAUUCUUAUGUAAUAAUGUAUAUGUUAUUUGAUCUUUCUAUAUAGAUAUUUCGAUUGUGACAAAAAAAAUAAUAUAUAUAUAUAUAUAGAUAUUUCGAUCGACAUAAUACGAAAUAGAGUUACGUAUAAAUGGUAAAAUAUUUUGUUGGAAUAUCCCGUUUUUAGGUAUUCAAAGGGCACUGUCUCUUAAAACAAACAAGGUAAACUCACUUGGGACACUUCAAAAGAUUCCAUGUAUUAUUAUUUUUUUGUACUUACUUCUUACGAAAUCGCUGUCUUCAGUAAAGACUCACUUGUAUGUUUUUGGGUUUUUUUUUUUGGAAAAGACGACUCACUUAUAUAUUUCAUUUCUUAGAUAACUAUUAUUUUUCUUUUUUUUUUUGGUAAAUUAAAUAAAAUUUAUUUUUUUGGUUUUUUUCACUAUUAUUUUUAUUCUUAGAUAACUAUUAUUGUUUGCAUUAUGCUUGUGUCGCCAAUUAUGUAUUAUUUCGAUAAUCAAUAGUUACGAAUUUUCAUUCGCUAGUUUUAGCCAUUCUUAUUCAUUAAAGUUAUACACGACAUUGUGGUAUAUAUUAUUGUUAUAAGAGAGAUUGUAAAUAAUUGAAAAUCAUGUUCUUUUGUACAAAAAUAUAUAGAAUAAUUUUAGGAAAAUAUGCAGUACUUAAGUAUAACAAGUAUAACAUCAAGAAAUGUAAAGUGAACGACAAUUUGUAGGAAAAUGGGAACAUCUGGUUUUAGUAUUAGAGACUUUAGAUUUACAAUAAUCAUAACAUAUAAAACGUAUAGAAACUUCGAACAAAAAAAUAUAAAUACUAGGGUUGUGCAUUUUAUCAGUCAAAUUUGAUUCGAUCCGUUAUUUAUUUCGAGUCGAAUAAAAAAUCUGGAUAUCCAUAAACUACUGAGUAAGACAAAUACUAAAAACCAAUAUCGGUUAAAACAAAACAAAUCAUAAAUACUAAAAAAAAAUAAAAGUGGAUAUCCGCUCAGCUCAGGUAGAUAUAGAAAUACAUAUCUAUAGUCUAAAUAUAGAGUUUUAAAUAUAUAAACGUGUAUAAUUAUUAGCUUUUUUUUGAUGAAAUGUUUAAUUUAUUGAUCAGAGCAAAAGAAUGUAUAUGUACAAAAUAAUAUUCAGGACUUCAUACUACUUCAAUCUAGUGUACUAAACUGUAGAAGAAUUAAGGCAUGUGAGCUUCAACCCAGCGGCACAUCAGACCCUGCAGCUUUUGUAGUCAGACCUGUUCAGUCUGUUUUGAACCUUCGAAGUCAUUUAAUUCUUGGACUUGGAUUUACAUCUCAACAAUUUUUAGUAUGAAUUUAAUUUUCUCUCACUGUGCUUUCUUUCAUGUGUCUUUUGAUUUAGUAAAACAAAAUAUAUUUCAGAAUCAAUCGUCCAAUUUGGUUUGAGCCAAGUUUACAAAACAGUAGCAUAUGCAGUUAGUUCACUUUUUCAUGUAUCUUUUAAUUUACUAAAACAAACGUACAAUCUGAUGUAAAGAGAUUAAGAAGAGUGCUUAGUGCUUAUUAAACAAAAAAAGAAGUUCGAAUUGAACGUGGAUAGAUCCUUAGAAGUGAACAAUAGGUUAUUACUUAUAUCCCUUAUAUAUUAAUUGAGGAACAUUUGAAAAAUUAUAACCUCAAUUUUGUAUUAAUUAAAAAAUAGCCCAUCUUAGGUGUCAAUCAAUUAGGAUGUUAAAUAAGGUGACGUGUCAGCUGCAUAAUCAAUUGAGAAAUUGGUGAGUCCAUGAUUAAAUGCUAGAGAAUGUGACCAUAUCCAUCGAUAUUUAUAAAAAAGGGCUCAUGUAUUAUAACGAAAGAAACACAUAAUUUAAAAACGAUCAAACACUGUAUAAACGAAGCGUUUCAUCCUAAUAAAAAAAAGAUCAUACAGUAAAGUGGAUACUGUCGCGUGGCCACGUAUAUCGAAAGUAAUCCGUAUGGUUGUGAAGCCUUUAUUACUCAGAAUUGUUUCAUAAGAAGACGUCAUGAACAAUAAUUAGCGUAGACCAUGGAACUGUCGAAAGUUGGUUGCCAUGGCGUCAUCUAUCGUGUCUAAUUCAGACGUUGGGAUUAAGUGAUCAUGUAUCUGUUUAUAAUUAAAAGUACACAAUCAAAUUAACACGUUGCUAAGAAACCAUAGAAGUAAUGUCAAUAGUGUUCUGUAAAUAACAGAGUUUUGAUCAAGGUAAAGCUGGUGGCCGGUUUAUAAUUUUAAUUAGAACCGAACCAUAUGUGAAAUAAAACAGUCGGUAUGAGUAUUAUUUGAAUUCUCGCAAACCGGGAUUUUGACAUGGUAUAGCGUCGAAAGUUGAAUAAACUUGGCAUGCACACUUCUGGAUUAUAAGGAAAUGGAAAAAUAAAUUGAAUAUGGUAAAACUUAAUCCCCAAGGCUUGAUUAAAUAUAGAUUGGAGCACAUACGGAAAACUAAAUAUGUAAUAAUAAUGGUAUGAUUUUUAUGGCUUUUUUACAAAAAAAUAAUAAUAAUACUGGUACGCUCUUUCCUAAGAAGUCGUUAUAAUUUCCUUUAAUUCGUAGAAAAGAUAUUUUUACUUGCUAGAGGGUUCUAAAAAAAUCUAUGACGGCAAGUCCCUAAGUAAAAUGGAAAACGUUCUCACCAAGGUAAAACAUUCCAAUUUUUUUUUGGGAAUUUAGUUAAUGUUUCAUAAGUGCAAUAUUUGAUUUUUUCUUAAUCAUCGAAACAUUUAACCUAAAAUAUAUUACUAUAAAAAAAGCUCGGUUUUCACCUUUGGUUGAGCACAUCAUAUUGCGACGCUGCCAAUAAGAACAAACAAUCGAUUCCCACAAUAUGGCAUCUGUAACUUCUAUUGUCGAUUUGAAACCGUUCAAAACCAGCUGGACGAUCAAGGUGAAGGUUAUUCGAUUGUGGAAACAAACAACUGGUGGUGGUGGUGAGACCAUUGAUAUGGUUCUGUGCGAUGUUAAGGUUUGGAUGUUUUUUUUAAAACAUUUCCCAUGUACUAUUAUAGGGGAUAUGCAUGCAUCUCUUGACAUAAUUCUUUCUCCGUUUUAUACACAGGGAAAUAAAAUUCAUGCUUCAGUGAAGAAGGAGUUGGUGGCUAAAUACGAUCCCUUCCUGAAAGAAGGACACUCAAACAUGUUCAUCAAUUUCUCCUUGGUGCAUUCUGUUGGUUCGUAUAGAACAACAACGCAUCCUUACCGGAUUAGUUUCCUAUCCAAAACCCGUGUCCUACCCAGUGAACAACUGCCGGGGGAACUUUGCGGAUUCCAACCCGUGAAGUACAACGAAGUGCUUGACGGCAGUCUAAAUCCGGAUUAUUUAAUUGAUAUAAUCGGCCAUAUUGUUAAGGUUAGUCACAUUGAACAUGUUAAUGUCAAUGGACAGGAGACAGAGAAACUCUGUGUGGAAUUGCGAAACUCCGAUGAUGAAAGAAUUCCAUUGGUGCUGUGGGGAAAUGCUGCAUGUGAUGUUAAUUAUGCAAUCCAGGUGCGAAGCGAGUACACAACCAUAUGUGUCUUGCGUUUUGGAAAAAUCAACGUGUGGAAUGGAGAACUAUGUGUCAGCAAUGCUUUUAAUAUCAGUGAUAUUGUAUUGGAUCCGGCGAUGACUGAGGUUAACAAUUUCCUUGCUAGUUUGCCAGAGGAUGAUCUCCCUUUAGCCAUUGUGGAGUCACAGUAUGAAGCCGGGGUAAACGGUUCCUCAGAUGGAGAUGCUUCCUUCCGCCCUACACCUAGAAAAACACUUGCGGAGGUUUUACAAACAAAACAGGUUGAGAAGUGUAUUGUGCUGUGCACAGUCGCUGCCAUUGAUGCGGACAUGGGGUGGUUCUACUGGACAUGCAAAGUGUGUUCUAAGGAAGUCUGGAGUGUGCCAAAGUAUAAGGAUGAUGUGCUCGAGCAAUGUUGUUAUUGUGCAACGUGCAAUACUUACAAUCCAAAAACUGAUACUAGGUAUCGGUUGCAUUUGGUUGUGCUUGAUAACACAACCAACACUAAGUUUGUGUUGUUUGAUAAUCAUGUUGCUCAACUACUCAAUCAACCAUUGUUACAUGUUGGUGGACCAUCCGAUAAACCGGAGAUUGCCCGAACAGAUGUCCUCCUACACGCGCUUAACACUGUAGUUGGUAAAACAUACCUCUUCAAGAUAGGAAUUGAACGAGAGAAUCUACUCAACAAACACCAAUCGUACCCGGUCUUAAAGCUAAUUACAGACAAGAAUUCGAAAAAUCGGUAUCAGGACAUUGGUUGUACGAAUGCAGCUGAAGGCACCAACAUUGAUAGUAUGGACAUUCACUCCGAUUUAGCAGAUAUGUCAGAUUCUUUUGCUAUGAGGCCUGCUAAACGAAUAAGGGCCUUGAACAGGGACUUUGGUGAGAGCAAUGCUCAGAAUUCGGGAUCAAACUGUUUCAGUUCCGUCAUGAUCAAGAAGGAGAAGUUAGACAAAAGUGGCUAAAAUUUGGUUGAGUUUCUAGAGAUAUUAAGGCUUUCAUUUUUUGCAUUUUAUAAGGGAGUUAGUUUAUUUUAUUUUGUUUUGUUUAAUAUUGCAAACUUAUAUUGCUUUAGCUAUAAAGCACUAUCUGUUGAUUUCUCAGGUAUUUUUAUAUUAAAGAAAGCCUCUUUAACGAUUCUUGACUUCAAUUUCAUUCUACUCUAUUAUGUAUUGUCUGAGUUGUUGUUUCAUUCCUAUGAUGCCUAAUUCCGCAUCGAUUUUAGUUUGUUUGUCGUGUAUAGCUUUCACGCAUGCAAGUAUAAGUUGUUUAUGCAACACUUCAUAAAGCACGUCCAAACGAGAAGAAUAUUAUUCUUCGUGAUCUGCAUCUUUAGGACGUUACAUUCGAAUUUACGUGCAUACAUGCGGAAAUUUUUUUAAAAUCAGACAACGUACUCAUCCGUUCAAAAAUGACAGGGUGUUAAGCUUCUUGGAAAGAUUAAGUCAUGUGUUUAUUUCGUGUUUUGAAGUAUAUUCUUCUCGCCUUUAUUUAAACAAUUAGUAUUUCUUUUAAGUAUAAGAAUAUUUGUUAUUAUCAUAUAUAUUUCUAAUAUAUAUAUAUAUAUGGAGGAAUAACUGGUUUUGUUAUUUGAGAUUUGGUAAAUAGGUAAAAAAAAUAUUGGAAAACAAACAUUUAUUAUAAUGUUGUAGCGUCUGUGAAUUUGAAUUAUAUUAAUAUUAUUGGAUUCUUGCCGCUAUGUAAAUAUUAUUUUCCAUAUUAAUGUAUUUAUGUAUAUAAACACUAUAUACAUUGCUCCUACGACCAAGAUAUAGCGAUAUAGGUUGACGCCUUACAAUUUCCUAACUCUUUUUCAAGCAGACUUAUUAUCGUAAUACUUUCCUACUUCUUUAUCAAGCAAACUUAAUGGCGUCAUACUUUCCUACUUCUUUAUCAAGCAAACAGUUUUGGAAACUUUAGUACCAUACACAUAUAUAUGUAUUGAAUGUGAGUAAAUAUUUAGUCAUUAAUACUUAGCUUUCUCUUCACGUUGAAUUCAAUACAAACCCUAAAUACCAUGGCUAUAUAACCAAUUCGAGAGUUUCGGACUUCAAUACACAGAAACACCUUCAUCACAAAAGCUUAAAAAAAAAUAAUGAUGCGUACCAGCGCGAUCUCUGAACUCAAACCGUAGAAGUCGAUGUGGAUGAUUAAGGUUAAAGUGAUUCGAUUAUGGAAGCAAUAUUCGGCUGCCGGUGGAGAAACUAUGGAGAUGGUGCUCAUUGAUUCAAACGUAACUUUACAAAUAUUUUUCAGUACUUCUGUCCAAAAUGUUUGUCUAUAUGGCUUCAUGUUCUCUUUGGCAUGAAAUCUAACUUAUUGUCUUAUUUAUUGUUACAUGUCUUAGGGUGACCGAAUCCAUGCAUCAGUGAAGAAAGAGCUGGUUGCACAGUUUGAACCAGCUCUGAAGCAAGGUUACAGGAAAAUACUCCUCAAUUUUGCACUAACCCAAUCUGUUGGUUCCUAUCGAACGUCCAAGCAUGCUUACAAAAUCGGAUUCCUUUCCACCACCCGUGUUCGUUACUGUGAUGAUUGGACAGAUAAUGUCCCGGAAUUCUCACCUGUGAAAUACAGAGAGGUUCUUGAAGGGGCUAUGAACCCUGAUUAUUUGGUUGGUUAGUACCGAUCUUUCCCUUUACUCAAAUCAUAUUUUGAAUUCAUUUCUUUCGCUUAUAGUGGUCUAUUAAGUGUUAAAAGGUCUAUCUGUUCUAUAUUGCAGAUGUAAUUGGACAGGUUGUCGAGGUGAGUAAUGUUGAAGUUGUUGCUGUGAAUGGAAAGGAUACAAAUAAGAUAGCAUUGCAACUGCGUGACUCGGUGUAAGCUUAUUAUACACAUAUUUGUGUGCCCCAUCAGUAAUAUAUUGCCCAUCAAUUCCUGGUGAAAUGCACUGUGUUUGUUAGCGUAUCUGAAAGGUGUAUUUACAAAUGGUGUCGUAGGGAUGAUCGGCUUACAGUUGUCCUGUGGGGAAAAUUUGCCAAUGAUAUUGAUGAUGCUAUCCAAGGAAGUAACGGACAGUCUGUCAUAUUUGUGUUAAGGUUUGGCAAGAUUAAAGUGUGGAAAGGUACAAAUUGAAUUAUUGAAUACUGAAUAUACUGUUGUACUUUACGAAUUCAUAUGAUGGUCCUUUAUUUGUAUCAGAUGAGUAUAGCAUUUCAAACGCUUACAAUGUUUCUGACAUCUUUGUCAAUCCAACGAGCGCAGAGGCUCAUGCUUUUAUUGAAAUGUAAGUUUUUUCAUCAAUGUUGAAUGUUAUUAAAAAUAUAUAUUAAUUAGCAACUAACAUUGUAUAAUCUUUUAUUGUCAUUAGGUUGCCAAAGGAUAACAUGUCUUUAUCAAUUGUCGAGGCUAAUCCUAACAGAGCAAUUUCUGGCGUGUCUGAUAAGGAUGAUUUUUUUGUGCACACAAGCAGAAAGAAUAUCGCUGAGCUUUUCUGUACUAAACAGGUUAGCGUUAUACCUCUGCGUUAACUUUUUAAAAUCUGGGCGUUCGUAUCCUAGCAUAAACUCUUUUAAAUUUUUCAGUUGGAGAGGUGCAUUCUGAUGAGCACGGUUGUUUCUAUUGACGCUGAUAUGGGGUGGUUCUAUCUUAGCUGCAAAGUGUGUUCCAAAAAAGUUUUAACUGUACCAAAUGAGACCAUAGAAGAUGGUAGUGGCGAAGAUGUGAUGGGGCAUAUAUACUUUUGUGUCAAAUGCAACACGUAUAAACCUUCGAUAAUGCCAAGGUGAGGAACACGUCUUUGUUUUUAUAGUAAGGUAUAUUUUAUACCAUAGAUUCACUUUAUAAACAGCAUACCUAUAUGAGUUCAAUUUAUUAUGAAUUAGGUACAAGUUGCAUUUGGUUGUUGUUGAUGAAACAAGAUUGACGACAAAGUUGCUUCUGUUUGAUAACCAUGCUGUGCAACUUCUUCGUCAACCAUGCACUGAGCUUGCAGGACCGAUGCUAAACGAUAUGGUAAUCCGUUUUAAGUUUAUUAAGCGUUUUUUCUUAGUUUUUUUUGUGCUAAUAUAUACAAUUGUUCAUUGUAGCUGGAAGAGACUAAUGUCAUCCCUGAAGCUCUCAACAGUAUUAUUGGGAAAACGUUUCUCUUUAAGCUAAGUAUUGAGAAGGAGAAUUUACAAUACAAACAUGAUACCUACAAGGUGAUGAAAAUCAUCAGCAACAAAGAACUGAUUGAGGAGUUUGAGCAAUUCGUGUCGCCUAAGGUAUUCACAUUUGCCUAAAAACUUUGGUCUCCCAAAACUAUUUACCUUUCCAGAUUUUUUAACUAACUAUUCCGUUUUUCUAGGCAAGUGAAGACACGAUGGUGCCAUAUAUGUCAGCCCAAUCCGAUGCUCCUGAGGUAUAUCUACUGGCUAAUUCGUCAAUUUGUUAAUUCGUGUAGGGUUAUAUUCUAAAUGUACUUCGUAUCGAUUUCACUAUUCAUUAUAGGCUAAUCUGACGCUACCCCGAUCGUCGUCACCGAGCUCAGUUUCAAUUGAUCAGUCCACACCAGCGAAGCGUUUACGUGGGCCCGUACUGAAUUUACAGGAAGCAUUUGACGAGAGUUCCGUGAGCAAAAAAUCAUGUCCACUCAAAAUCAAGCAAGAGAAAUUAGGAAAAAGUGGCUGAAGAGUGUUGACGAUGAGCUAUUACGGAGGCUUUCUAUAGAUUUUUAAUAUUAUAGCUGGUUUUUUUCCUUUCAGUUGGUGUUUUGCUUUUUGUUUACGUUGAGCAACUAAAGUGGAGUUUACUCCUGUUUUAAUAUAUAAUAGAAAGCCUCUUUCAAUUUUAUGUUAUUUGCUUUCUGGUGCUGCAUUGCAACUUUACUCUUUUUUGAAUUUCGCUAUUUAGUACCGGAAUAUUCAAUUAUCAAAGAAACAUUGAUUUCGUGUUUUGGUUUUGUCAAGUAUUACACAGGUUUUUUAUUGUCAUCGCCCUUGCCUACUUUGAGUAACAAUAAUAGUUACUAAACUGAAAUAAAAUCUAACGUGCUAUGGCCGAAAUAUACAAGGACGCACUGUUUAAGAUUCAGCAAUUAUUAACAAAUUUACAAAAUAAAUUUGACUGCCAUGUCAAUGACCUCUUUAAUUGUAUCAUGAUACAAAACUUGGAUGACAGAUGUAAUAUAUUUGCGUAAGAGAUAUGAGAUUAGUUUCCCAUAUGACAUAUAUUUACUUUCCCUAAAAGUGAUUCCAUAAUAGGGGAAGUACUUUUACUCUUAUAAAAAUAGUAAUUGACUGUUUAUUCCGUGUGUAGCAACCAUGGAUAAGCACACGCAUACAACGGAUGGUGGAGGUAAGCACUAUAUGUUUGAUGGGUGAAAAAAGAAUUUUGGUUCUAUCCUUGCUAAGCACUUUAAAUUACUACCCAUCUAUAUGAUAUGCAGAGAUACCGGUGGGAGACACUGGUGAGUUUACACAAAGCACUGUAAAUCACAUUGGAAGACAAGGGACAUACAGAGCUGCACGAUCCCAAAGGCGUCGUAUUUUAAGCCAAACGAGAUUAAAGAAGCGUGCGUUUUUCUAAUCUAUAAAACGUUAAUGUUAAUUUGAUAUAUUUUCGCAAUACGCCACUGUUGUAUCCGCAGAGAUCCGCGCAAUGGGAAGCGCUGAAGACGAAUCAAGAAAUAUUCAUAGUGUUCAGAGGGAUGCAAGGGCUAAUAGGCGUCAAAUUUUAGGAAACAAGCGAAAUUUCAAUGAUAUUCACUCUUCUAAUACAGAGUCAGCUGAUCUUUUAGAAUCCAGUUCUACAGAAAUUUUGACGAGAAGGAGUUUCUGCAAUGGAAUUGUUUUGACAGAGGGUACGUUAAAUUAUAUUAGGUAGCAUAUAACCUCUUUCUGUAAGUUGAGAGUCAAUGUAGUUGCUGUUUUUUAUGUUAAAAUUGUAGUGCCUAUUUCGCAAGUUGAUGUGCCAGUGAGAAUAAACGUAGCAGAGAAGCAACCAUCAUUGCGUAAUCAAGAGUUGUUCAGAGGAAUGAUAUUGACAGACGGUCGUUGACUAUAUCUUUUCAAUUAAAUUUAUACAUACGAAUAAAUUGUUGCUACGUUUACUAAUAAAGAUUUUCACUUGCUUUAUGGUUAAUCAUAGUGCCUCUCAGCGAAGGGUAUGCUCCAAUACAUAAAGGAGCGAAGAGGCAACAAGUUCGCCAACAGACUUCAAAUCAAGUGAGAAUGGAUGUGAAUACGGUGGCAUGGAGUUCUACAACGCGUAUGAAAGCAGGGCGAAUUCAAAGUAACAUAAUUUGCUCCAACACUCAACAAAAUGUUUCGAACAGUCAGCAAACCAUGAAUCUGUCUGGUAUGCGAAGUCAUUUAGGAAAGGAUAAUAUUAUUCAAACAUAGAUGUUUCUUAACAGACAUACUCAUGCAUGUUUCAUAUUAUUAACUAAGGCGAAGUUGUCACACAAAAGGAGGACCUCCGACAGAAUAACCGGGAGACCAAUUCAAGAUCCACUAUCUUUAAUGACAUAACAAAUGUUUUGGGAACUUCUAAUAGAGUUGGCACUAAUCAACGGCCAGUUCAAGUGGGGCAAAAGAGAAAAUUGAGUCGAAGGGACUCCAUAUGUGUAUCCCCGGGCGUUGAUAAUGCGAAUCAGAACAGCAGAGGUAGUUUUGAUUAUAUGCUUCUUAUUUGUUUUAAGAAAACUAUGACUAAGAAUAUAUUUUACAUUCUGCGCAUAUUUCAACGGAUAUUUGCGUUACGUUACAGGGACGGAUUUGGAUUGUCCAGUCAAGAAAAAGUCGAAAGGGCAAGAGAUAAUGAAACCAGAUACUCUGCUUAACGUAUCUAAAAAUAACAGCGUAACCAUAUCUCAGCCUGUAAAGGAUCCAGAUUUUAUAACUUGGUCUUCUACAUUGUCAUCGAUACGAAGACAUGAUACUGGUUUAGUUAUCGACUGUGAUCCUACCCAGCCUUUAGAUAAGUCAUUCGCACCCGAAGUUGAUGUAAGUUGUCAGACAGCCCCGGAGGUGGAAACUUUUACUACAGUAGAUGAGAGUGAUGAAGAAGGUAAUACUUUAUUAUAUGCUGUCUUUUCAUUAUGUUGUUUGAUAAUUUUGAAGCGAAAAGUAAACCACCUUUAUUUUAUUCUUUGUGUGUAGAUUCGGGUGAUGAGUACUGGGACUGUUCUAGCAAUGAUGCAGAUGAUUUGAACUCUGAUUCAGACAUUGACGAAAAUGGUACUCUCGCCCAGAGGCAGCAACGUCAGUUAUACAUUAACAAGGUGUCCGAAUGUUUUUCAAAUUCAUUUGGGGGGAAUACGCAGAGUAAUGCCAUAACUUCAGUGUCUGGACCGCCUACCAGAAAAGAAGAAGGUAAAAUGAUACAUACGUUUAAAAUAACCCAACAGUAUAUGACAAACUAUAUAAGACCCUGUUGAAUUCAUCAUAACAAGUAAUUGACUGGCAGAGUAUAAAGAUGACGGAGAUUUGACCAACGAAUGUGCAUACUGUGGAGCGCUAUUUUGGUUUAACGAACGAAUAGGGAAGGGCAGGAAGACAAGAAAUCCAGUAUUCACCAUGUGUUGUAUGAGAGGCAAAAUAAAGCUUCCUGUUCUUAAAGAACCACCGGAACUGCUUUUAAGGCUGCUUACUAAUGAUGAUGUUAUCAGCAAACAUUAUCGGGACAAUAUAAGACCCUUAAACAUGAUGUUUUCCUUUACAUCACUAGGAGGGAAAAUAGAUAAUUCUAUUAACACGGGAAAGGGUCCAAAAGUUUUCAAGAUGCAUGGGGAGAAUUAUCAUUUAAUUGGAAGUGUGAAGCCAAAACCUAACGAGACGGCAAAGUUUUCUCAGUUAUAUAUCCAUGAUACAGAGAAUGAAGUUCAAAAUCGAUUGUCUGCAUUGAGGUAAUAAGGUCGAUAGAACUAUUUCCCUUUCUUCAUACUACCCUAUCACUUAUCGUGUUUCUGGUUCAAUUUUGUAUGUUGCAGUGGGAACAAAGAGAAAAGCAAAAUUAGGGCGGAUCUGGUAAAGGAAAUUAUGGAAAUGUUGAGGGCAUGCAAUGUUCAUGUGAAGUCUUUUCGGAAUGUUAUGGAUAGAUUUAAUGACGCAGACGAUACGGAAACACUGUCUUUGGUCUUGCUCCAUACGCGUUUACAAGAUGGACGUGUUACCAAUCUACCCACAGCUUCGGAAGUAGCUGCGUUGGUUGUUGGUGAUUUUCGGGAGAAUAUGGACAAGCGUGAUAUUAUUCUAGAGAAAACGUCUGGGAAACUUAAGAGGAUAAAUGAGUUGCAUCCUUGCUAUCUACCUAUGCAAUAUCCUCUUAUUUUCCCUUACGGUGAGGACGGUUUUCGUCUAGGAAUAAAAAAUGGUUUCACAGGAAUAACUAAAAACAAGAAACCUAAUAUAAGCAUGAGGGAAUUUUUUUCCUAUCGGAUUAUGAUUCGCAAAGUUGGAUCGCAUGUUCUUCUUCUCAGCCGACGUCUACUGCAACAAUUUCUGGUUGAUGCAUAUACUAUGAUUGAAAGCCACCGUCUUCGAUUCAUCAGAAAAAACCAGGCAAAACUAAGGACGCUAAAGUUCAGUAAGUUUGUUGCUGCUGCAAAUGAGGGUCAUUCAAAUGUGUCUAUUGAGGGAAACCGCAUUAUCUUACCAGCUUCUUUCACUGGGGGUCCUCGAUAUAUGCAUCAAAUGUAUUUAGAUGCCAUGACGAUUUGCAAAUACUUUGGAUUUCCCUCUCUAUUUAUUACAUUCACGUGUAAUCCAAAAUGGCCUGAGCUGGAAAGGUAUAUGCAGAAGUUUAAUCUAAAGGCUGAGGACAGACCCGAACUGUGUUGUCGACUCUUCAAGAUUAAGUUGGAUAGGUUAAUGGACGAUCUUACAAAGAAAUAUCUGCUUGGGAAAACUGUUGCUGGUAUGUAUAUACUUUGUGUGUAUUGUGAAUUUUAAAGAUAGGUUGUGAUGUCGUUUUAUAAUACCUAACUUAUUCAGUGUAUUACUCACAGCAAUCUACACAGUCGAGUUUCAAAAACGAGGCCUUCCACAUGCGCAUAUUCUGCUAUUUAUGGAUGCGUUGCACAAGCUACCGGGAGCGGAAGAUAUAGAUCGUAUAAUUUCUGCUGAAAUCCCUGAUAAAGAGUCUGAACCGAGAUUAUAUGAAGUUGUGAAAAACAUGAUGAUUCAUGGGCCAUGUGGUGUUGUGAACAGAGGAUCUCCAUGUAUGGUAGAUGGACGAUGUAGCAAGUUUUUUCCACGGAAUUUUGUAGAGACAACGACAGUAGAUGCUCAAGGGUACCCCGUGUAUCGAAGAAGGGACAAUGGAGCUUUCAUUGAGAAGAAGGGAAUUAAAUGUGACAACAGGUUUGUAGUCCCCUAUAACAAGGAACUCUUACUUAGCUACAAUGCACACAUCAACGUGGAGUGGUGUAAUCAGUCAAGAUCUAUAAAAUAUUUAUUUAAAUACAUCAACAAGGGCCAAGAUCGUGUCACCGCAACAAUAACUCAAAAAUCGACAACUGAGUCUGCAGCUGAAGGGAAUACUGAUGCAUCUGGGGUCACAGCAGCCUCUGUCACUACGAACGCCUCAGAAAACGUUGAACCACAAGUUGAUGAAAUUAAAAAGUACUUUGAGGCCAGGUAUAUAUAAAAGAGCUUUACUUGGGUAACGGUUUUUUUAGCUAUGUUGUACUGUUAACAACAACUAUAUAAUCCAUUCCAGGUAUAUUUCUUCUUGCGAAGCAACGUGGAGAAUACUGGCUUUUCCAACGCAUUACCGAUCUACACCCGUGGAGAAGCUUACAUUCCAUUUAGAAGGCGAACAACCGGUUAUAUACAGGGAGGGUGAUACGGUUUCAAGUGUUAUGGAACGCAGUUUUUUAUGCAAGACAAUGUUCUUAGCUUGGUUUGAAUGUUGUAUCAAGUACCCCGAGGCGAGAGAACUGACAUAUGCGCAAAUGCCAACAAGAUUUGUUUACGACGCAAAACAGAAAGAAUGGAACCCACGGAAGAAAGGUUUUGCGAUAGGUAGAUUGGCGCCGGUAUCCCCAGGUUCAGGUCCGCAAUAUUAUCUAAGGGUUUUGAUAAAUAAGGUAAAAGGCCCAACGUGCUAUGCAGAUAUCAGAACUGUCAAUGGUGUUAUUCACCCGAGUUAUGAGGAUGCAUGUUUCGACCUUGGACUGUUGGAUGAUGACAAAGAAUAUAUUGAAGGUUUGAAAGAGUGUAGUUUCUGGGCAUCAAGUGGAUAUGCGCGCAAACUGUUUGCUAAGAUGUUGAUAUCGGAUAGUUUGUCUAUGCCUAAAUUAGUUUGGGAAGAAACUAAAGAUAUUUUGUCUGAAGAUGUGCUUUAUAUGGAGCGAAAAAAACGACGUAAUCCAGGUAUAUACUGAUUGAUUGUUAAUGUAUACGUCUAUAUGGUAAGGAGCGUUAAUUUACUUUAAGUAAAAAAAAUCGUAAUUUUGUUUUUGUAGGUCUGAUUUUGACCGAAGAAGAGAUUCUUAAUUCAACUUUGAUUAUGAUUGAAACUAUUCUACGUCAGAAGAAUACUUCUUUGGAUAAAUGGACAACAAUGCCAAAGCCAGUGUAUAACUGUAAUUCCCUCUGCGAGAAUCAGUUGUUACAGGAUGAGCUCAACUAUCCAAGAGAUGAGUUGCGUGUUAAACACGCUGAAUGGCUUCCGCAGAUGACAGAUGAGCAAAGAUCAGUGUACGAGGAGAUAAUAUCUGCAGUUAUAAACAAAAAAGGUGGAGUUUUUUUUGUUUAUGGAUUUGGAGGAACAGGAAAAACAUUCAUGUGGAAUAUUUUGUCAGCUGCAAUACGAUCUAAAGGUGAUGUUGUACUUAAUGUGGCAUCCAGCGGCAUUGCCUCUUUACUACUACCUGGUGGGAGAACAGCUCAUUCACGGUUCGGAAUUCCUAUCAAUCCAGAUGAAUCCUCCACUUGCAAUAUUCAACCAGGCAGUGAUCAAGCCGAGGUAAUAGAAAAAUCUUCUUUAAUUAUAUGGGAUGAGGCACCUAUGAUGAGUAGACACUGCUUUGAAGCACUAGAUCGGAGUUUGGGUUAUAUUAUGAAGACUGCAGAUGGAACACCUUAUGGCGGAAAAGUUGUCGUUUUUGGAGGGGACUUCAGACAGAUAUUACCAGUUAUUCCAAGGGGAAAUAGGGCCGACAUUGUAAUGGCGACGCUUAAUUAUUCAUACUUGUGGAAGCAUUGCAAAGUUCUUCAACUGUCAAAAAAUAUGAGGUUGUUAGCAGAAACAAAUAUUCGCGAAGCUGAAGAGAUUAAAGAAUUCUCAGACUGGAUAUUGGCUUUGGGAGAUGGAAGAAUCAAUGAACCAAAUAGUGGAGAAGUUCUGAUUGAUAUUCCGAAAGAUCUAUUGAUUAAAGAGGCUAAUGAUCCAAUUCGUGCUAUUGUUUCAGAAGUAUAUGGAAACACUUUCAAAGAUUCUAGAGAUCCAAUAUUCUUUCAAGAAAGAGCUAUUUUGUGUCCAACAAAUGCAGAUGUUGAGGUGAUAAACAACUACAUGCUUGAUCAGCUAACAGGUGCGUCAAGUUGUACUAUAUAUUAACCGCAAUUUUCAAUUAAUACUUAGCAGUUCGUAAGCAAAAGAAAUAUUUUAAAAAUGUGUUUUUCGUUAUAGGUGAGGAGAAGAUAUACUUAAGUUCUGACAGUAUCGAUCCAACUGAUACGAAAUCGCAAGAUGAUUCUAUUUUCUCUCCGGAAUUCCUCAAUAGUAUAAAAACUUCAGGGUUACCAAACCAUACUCUUAGACUGAGAGUUGGAACCCCUGUUAUGAUAUUAAGAAAUAUCGAUCCGGAAGAGGGUUUGUGCAAUGGAACGCGUUUACAGAUAACCCAGCUGGCAAAUCAUAUUCUACAGGCGAAAGUGAUUACAGGAACUAGAGUCGGUGAGAUCGUAUGGUUACAUCGAAUGUUAAUUACGCCAUCUGAUACAAAGCUUCCAUUUAAAAUGCGGCGUAGGCAAUUCCCAUUAAAGGUUGCGUUUGCGAUGACAAUCAACAAGAGCCAGGGUCAAACAUUAUCAAACGUAGGGUUGUAUCUACCCAAAUCGGUGUUUUCCCAUGGACAGUUGUAUGUCGCUGUGUCUCGGGUGAAGUCAAGGAAAGGAUUAAAGAUUCUGAUAACCGACAAGGAUGGAAAACAGGAGAAUAGUACCAUGAAUGUUGUCUAUAAAGAAGUUUUCCAGAAUUUGUUUGACAAUGAGCAAUGAUUUGACAAUAUUUCGACAUACUUGGCAUAGCUUUGGUUGGUAAACAUAUAUGCUUUCUUAUCACAUAAAUUAUACUGUAAUUGUGCGUUUAGUAGUUGCGGUUACAUGUUGUGUUGUCUACAUGGUAGGUUUUAAAGAGAAUGUCGAUUUCGUGAAGGAGUGAUCUCAUUGAAGUAUGACAUCUACAUUUUGCUCGACUAUCUUAUAUUUUAACAGACGUAUAAAAUAUAAAUUUGUACACCGUAACGGAUUGUUUAGAAACUAUUAUUUUGACUAACUGAAAAACUAAUUCUUUUGACAUAAGAUAACAACAAAUGCAUUGAUCUUUUUUCAAGCAGGUAUAUAGCUUAACAAACAUCAGUAAGCAAGCGGAGACUUAAUCCGGGGUUCACUAAGGCUAGGCUACAACGAGUAAACCUAAAUGCUAGAAAACCUAAACCAAAGUCAAACAUUGAUCUACUUUGAAUUAGAACUAUUUUGUGUUAUUGUGAACUGACCUAUUCGGUAUAAUAUUUUCCGUCACUGCAAUGUGGAAACGCAGAUCCAUUUGAAUGCUUUUUCUUCCUUUGUUGAUGUUCAACGACAUGUUCGUGUUAGGGCUGUCAUUAUUUAUAAAAAAUUUGGUUAGUAUAGUAGUAAAACAACUCAUUCUACCUAGAAUGCAUAUGUCAUGUUUAACUGGCAAGAAUCUAUAUAACUUGAUUAUUGGUAUUGAGCAUCACUAUUAUUUUAGAAAUUAAGAUUAGAAACAUAAAGGCUAAAUAGUACAUAACAUUGUUUACGUUUUGUCCAACCCAUCUACUAUAGUUGCACGUAGUUAUAAAUUAUUUAUGGAGCAGCUAAUUAUGAGUAUUAGAGCAUACUGCAUUUAAUAUCCAAGUUCGUCAUUUCUUUGUAGUCAGAUGAUAUAUAUAAUCGUAGAAACCGUUUACAAUAAGAAAAAAUGUCCAGAAUGUACAUAGGACGGCAAACAAAAGUGGGCCACAUUUAAAAAAAAAACUAAAAUCCAAUAACUACGGAGUACUAAUAAGGUCCCGUCCAACUUUAAAUAAAGGUCCAAGGUAUUUCUGUAUCGAAUUAGAUGUGCGCACGAAGUCGCUUGGUCCAUCAAGGUAUAUGAGAGCCUUUUAAAAAUAUACUGGAAUAAUAAUGAAUGCGAGAUUAUAGAUACUUUUCCAUAACUAUAUAAUCAUUAAAUACUAUAGAAAUUGUGUUUAACAUAUAAAGAGUACUUUGUAGUGUACUUACACGCUUAAGGAAAUCUCCAAUAAUGAUUCUAACACGCUUCUUUAUUCACUUUCGAUACGUAGCAUAAUAUCUACAGUGCCGUUGCUCUAACAAUUCCGUGACAUUUAAUUGCAAACAUAUCUAAUGUUUUAGAUUUCCUGUGUACCACCGAGUUUUCGCAAAGGUAAAAAAAAUAUUUAUCACUGUCGUAAACAAGCUUACAAAUAUUUUAUUACCUAUACAUCUAGGUUUAAAUCUAUUCUUUCUUUGCCAUGCACGUUAUUAAACUAGAUGUGAACCCUAAUUACUCUAAGACCUAUAUAUAUAUACGUCCAUGCCAGUGCACCAAAAACACACACAAAGUCUUCUAUAUUAACCUCUUUUAAUUAUGUCUGCUUUUACCUUACUGUCAAAACUGCAGUAUGAGAUUAAGAAACCUGCUAUUCGUGUUCAAGUUAUUAGCAAAUGGAGGACCACAACUUCAGAGACAGAGCUGUUAGUUGUGGAUGAGAUGGUUUGUGUUUUUUUCUCAUAAAUUGUAUAUCUUUUCUUGAGGCCAUAACUAACGUUAGGAUGUAUUUGUUUAUAUAGGGUAGUAAAAUUCAAGGAACAUUUCAUGAUGAAUGCAUGGAAUCAAACAAAAUCAUUGUCAAGGAAGGUGAAUGGUAUGAAAUAUAUAAUUUCAAACUGAUUCACAAUUUCCGUAUGGUCAAAACUACAACAAACCGCUACCAUGUUGUGACCAACGUCAACACCGUUAUUACCAAGCUGGAAGCACGAUUGACAUGCAACUACUAUGUUUUUAAAGAUUUUAAAACCAUAAUCCGAGGCCUUGCCCAUCCCAAGUUCUGCAUAGGUAUUGUGUCUUGCAUUAACUUAUCUUUAAUUAUUUACAGUCUACAAAAUCAAACUAAGUUUUGGUCUUUUACUUCGUAAAUUUGAGUUGCGGUUUGCUUAUACGUGUAGACAUCUAUGGAUCUUUGGUGUUUGUUGGGAACCUUGAAUUUGUUGAAGUUGCUGCUGGUAUUGUGAAACCUAAAACGGUUUUUAGCUUAAUAAAUCCAGAGUAAUUUUUCUCACAUUUAUACAGUUCAAUUGUUAAAUCUAACUUUGUUAGAUUUUGUCAUAAUCUGACACUGUUUAACUACAUCAAUGGCAGGUACAGUCCUAUUAAUUGUGUUGCAUAUGGAACUACUGCUGUUGAAUUACUAACUUAUUGGAAUUCAAGGAAAGCAAAUGUUGUUUUGUGUGUGUUAAGUGUUUGGCAAAUUGAAAGGGACGAAGGUAAUAAUAUAUAGCUUUAUAUUACAAUGUAUAUAACGCUUACCUUUUCAUUGUUUAAGUUAUUAGUUUUCAAUUUGAAAUCGGUAGGUGGAUUCAGAUUCAUGACCAAUAUUGAAGGUUGUUCGAAGAUUGUAUUUGAGCCUAACAUUCCAGAGAUUGAAGAAUUUAGGAAAAAGUGAGUAGUACUUUACAUUUGUAUACCGAUAAAGGAAGCUAACCCAUAAAAGUGAUUUUACAUUUCCUUUUUAAAAAUUUUAAUAUUUUGCAGGAUUCCACCUCAUGCCUAUUGACGACUUGCACGAAGACAGACAGUAUGACAAGGAUGUUUGGUUUUUUUUAAUUUACGCAGUUUUCUACAAGACUUUACAUUUUUUUAUUUGUUUCUUUUUCUGCUCUAUUAUGGUUUUCUUUUAAACUAUGCUAAUGUGCUUUACUACCUAUUCGUUGUCUUAUGAAUAAUAUUAUUUCGUGUUUCUAAAACAUCUAACUUAUAUUUACACUUGAUAUCUUUGUUCACUUUUCAAAGAAAUUUAUAGUUAUGGAUAGUUAUACUCCUAAUCUCAUAAUUUUGUAUUUAAUGAUUUCGUGUGAAGUUCAUAACCCAAUCACAAACAUGUAUGCUUUCGGAAGCUAACCUUGAAUCAAGUUGAACAAAGGUUCUUCACAAUGCGCGGACAGUUGUGAGGCAAUAUUUCAUCGUUACGAAUUCUGUAUGCCUCGCUUUGUUAAUGGCGUUAAAAUUGUCUGCAUUACAUUACUCUCGAUUCAUAUUUUAGGAUUAAUUAACAAAUAGAACUUACCAAAAGGUUUUGUUGAAAAUACCUGCUUAAAUCAGCAUAGGAUCCGCUUUAUUAUUUAGUUGUUCAGUGUAUCCACUUUCUUCAACCGACUCCUUUUUUCCAGAUAGAAACACCCAGAUAUCCCCUUUACAAGCAUCACAUAAUCGAUCUUCUGUGCAACAAAGAAGAUAACAAAUAUAAAACCUGCAUCCAUAUCAAUUGGGAUUUUGCAAUUCGAUUUAUAUAGCCGAAAAUUAUUUUGCGUUGUUUCAAAACCUCAAUCUAAUACAUGUCCGGGUUAUCUACAUCUUACAAGGACAGAGUGGAAGCAGGGAAUAUGAAAUUUCCAGAAUCAAUACGCUUUUCAAUAUCAGAUCCGAAAACUAUCAUAACUAAUUUUUUUAUUGGGAAAUGGAGACUAACCUUAGCGCGUUCCAUCUUGAUCGAAGAAGCGAAUUUCCUGAUGUAUAGAUAGUCGGACAGUAAAAAGUCGAACCUUGAUCUGCUAUCUGGGAUGUUAGAUAGUCUAUGAAGAAAUUUUGCGGACGAAUGCGAGAGAAGAAAUAAAAAAAAACCGACAAAAUGAGUGAGGAAAUGAUGCAUCGUAGCUGGAUUUACUUUAGAGGAUAUGAUUCAGACUUUAUGAUUUUGGGCUCCAUUUAUUAAAAAUGGAUGCAUUUUUUUAGCUCAUUAUCUCAGAAAAGGCCAUUGAGAUCCGAUCAAAUAAACUCACUAAAAGGCUUUUGGCCCAUCAGUCCCCUCAGUCAGUUCAAUAACCAUAUCACAUAAAAAUAUUCUUCAUCUUGCCCAUUAUGGUUAAAUAAAAUAACCAAUUAGAACCAAAAUGUAAUCUGUCGAUAAAACAAACGAUCAAAACAUUGAAUCAUGUCCAGUUUAACAAAUCUCAACUUCAUUGCCUAACCCCGCGCAAGGCGCGGGUCUUAUCCUAGUAUCUUUAUAUAAUCCAAGAAGGAAUUAUGAAGCAUCUUUUGUUUCCACGUGGCAGCUAACUAGGAGAGGGAAAGAUUUGGUUAGGAAACACAAUGCCAAGAAUCACUCGAUAUUUGAGUAAUUAAGUACAACUCAAAAUUUGUAAUUAGUUUGCUAAUCAAUUGAUUAGCGUUAGGGGGUACACAUCUAUAUUAUUAAAACUGAAGUACCUUUUGGUACUGUUUGGAAACUUAGAUAGUAGAUUAAAUGAAAAUUGUUUGGAAACAAGGAUAGCAGAUUAAAUAUUUUUUUAUUUACAUAUUUAGUCACUGUAUUUAUUUCUUCUUUACAGAUUCUGUCGUUUGGAAACUUGGAUAGCAGAUUAAAUGAGAAUUGUUUGGAAACACGGAUAGCAGAUUAAAUAUUUCUUUUUAUUAACAAAUUUAGCCAUUACAUUUCUUUCUUAAUUACUAAUCUGCCGCUUCACUUAAAAUAUAAUAUCAUAAAAUUAAUAAUAAUUCAUAAAAACCUACUGUAAAAAAUUAAAUUAUUUUUAAAUAAAUAAACAAAAAAAAUCAAUAGGUUAAUAUAUGAAUAUUACAAUUACAUCAAAUUGCAUCAAUUAUAAAAUUAUAAAUAUAAUAUUACGUACAUAUAAGAAAUUAUUAUCAAACAUCUAUAUUAUAAUAUAAUAUAUUCUACUCUAAAUAUUUUACAAAACAUAAAAAUAUAAAUGGACAUUUUAUAAAAUAAAUGGUUUACAAAUUUACAUUGAACGCAAGUUAAAUCUAACACCCGCGCGGGGGCGCGGGUCAAGAUCUAGUUUCUCUUAAUGAAGAGCCACUUUUAUGGUUCGUCAAAUUGCUAUUCUAUUAUUGAAAUUUCCUCGUGUUUACAUAGUAUUUGACAUUAAUGGAAGUUAACAUUCCCUAAAUAAAAAUGAAUAUGUACGAGGGAGGAUCAAUUAACAUAUAUUAGAUUGAUUAACAUAAAUUAAUCUUAUGUUUUAUAUAGUGGUCCAUCGAACGGUCGAAAUUUUAAAUUUUCAAAUUCAAUAUAUAUUUAGGUAAUACAUUUAAAAGAAAUUAGUUAUAUUUUCAAAACAUCUAGACCGUGUAAUUGAAAAAGUGGAACGUUUUAGAGUAUUCAUACAUAGUAGAAAUCUAAAGUAUUUGAUAAUGCCAGGCUGCCAUCAAUAAUUUGAAGUUUAUGAGAUAAGAACAGAUAACUAUAUUGAUUAUUGUACGACCAUGAAACAAACAAAUAUAAGAUCAAUGUAAUCACAACCAAAAUAGCUUCGCUUGUUAGCUAAUUAUUUGGCUGUGUUUCAUAAUCGUAGGUCGAGGGGACAGAAGCUCCUAAAUUUGGUCUCUAUAAGCUAAAAAUGCAUGUAACUACAUUACUUUUUCUUUUUGUAAAAAUUAUGAUAAUAUAUUGACUAUAGAGCGGCUUCAAAAGGCCAGACCAAAAUAUUAAAUUCAAUAUUAGCUACUCCCUCCGUUCUACAAAAAUAAACGUUUUAGUAUUUUCACACAUAUUAA